AUGUCGGUCAUUCGCGUAGGAGGAGAAAAGCUCAGAACGAGCAUAGAGUGCGAGUGCAUCCCAGUUCUGGCAGAGGCCAUUAUCAGCGCACUCCACGCGUGCAUAGACAAGAAAUCCACAGAAAUAUCAGCAGUUAACGAGAAAAUCAGCGAAAACCUGCACGGGAUCAGGCCCAUUCUUGCCCGCCUCGUGAAUGUGGAGGGCAUGGACGCCGUGAAAAGCCCAAGCACUUUGCGCGAAAUACACAUGCAAGUAAUGACGCUAAUAAGCGGCAGAAUUGCAUCCGUGCAGGCAACCCACAAGAAGAUAAAGCACGUUCUGGAAUCUCUCCAGGCAGGAGACUCUCCCAGCAGGAGCAAGCAAGUAGAUGAAAUAGCAGAGUCUUUAAUUCUUGACCUGGACUGUAUAGACCAAGAGCAAAUAGAAAGCCUCUAUUUUGCGCCCUUACUGAAGGAAAGUGCCAGAAAAAGGCGAGUAUGUGCCGCAACAGGCCUAUUCGGCCUUCUAUCCCUCGGUGUUUUUGUGAUUCUCAUCUGCAUCUACCGUUAA